CAGCCGCGUGUCCAUCGCUCCGCUGCCGCCCCGGCGCCCGUGCGCACCUGCCUCGCGCGGCCGCGGGUGUCCCGUCCUCCUCGGUCUCGGCGGCCCGGGUCGCAGGGACAGCCCCGAGCGGGACGCGAGAUGGACUGCUGCUCGGGCCCCAGGCUCCCGGCACCUCCGGUCCAGCAGAAACAGGGCUUUUCCUCAGGAGGAGCAGUGACGGAAAGGAGGUUUGGCAGGAGUGGCCUCCCUGUGCUCCGAGCUUCCUUUGCUCAGGACUCGGUGGUCUUUGAGGAUGUGGCCGUGUACUUCACCCCAGAAGAGUGGGCUUUGCUGGAUCGUGGUCAGAGGAGACUUUACAGAGAUGUGAUGCUGGAGACCUGCAGGAACCUGGCUGCAGUGGAUUGUUGCACUCAAGUUAAACCUUGUGGAUCAAGAACUCAGCUGAAUAUUUUGGAGAGUGAACUAUCCAGUGAAGAGAAAAUAGUAAGAUUUACAAGAAAUGAUUCCUGGGCUCUUUUUGGAGAAAACCAAGUGUUUCAUAAUAUUGGAGAUCAGUUCCAAUCCCAGGAGAGGUGUCUGAGAAGUCAUUUGCUGGAGCGUGUCUGUGAGAGCAAUGAAGGUAAUCAAGGUGGAGACACUGUAAACCAGAUUACAGGUCUUACUGUGCAUGAGGAUUGUCCUGCUGGAGAGAAAUCCUGUGAAUGUGCUAAGUGUAGAGAAGUCUUCAGAGAUGGUUCUUUCCUUGAGAACCCACAAAUAUUUCACCCUGGACACAAGCCUAAUCCCUGUGAGGAAUGUGGGCCAACCUGUAGCAGCGUCUUGAGCCUUAGCACUCAGGUGGAUGCAGAUCUUGUGAGGAAACCUUAUGAACAUCAGGACAUUGGGAGAGCACCUAAGAGAUACUCAAAUAGUCUGGGUAGUCAAAAAUCUUUAGAGUGCGGGAAAUGUGGAAAAACUUUCACUUGCCCGUCAUCCUUUCAGGGUCAUGUGCAAGGUCACUGUGAACAGAGAGUCCAUGUGUGUGACGUGUGUGGGAAAACCUUUAUGUAUCAGUCCUAUCUUACACGUCACAUGAGAACCCACACUGGGGAGAGACCCUAUGAAUGUGUAGAGUGUGGGAAAGCCUACAGUUGCCUCUCAUAUUUUCGAGAACAUGUGAAAACGCACAGUGGAGAGAAACUCUAUGAAUGUAAGCAGUGUGGGAAGACGUUCAAAUAUCCUGCGUCCCUGCAAGGACACAUGAUGACGCAUACUGGAGAGAGACCUUAUCUGUGUCAACAAUGUGGGAAAGCCUUCAGUUGUCCCAAAUACUUCAGAAGACAUGUGAGAACACACAGUGGAGUGAAACCCUAUGAAUGUACGUUAUGUGGGAAAGCCUACAGUUGUUCCUUAUCCCUUCGGGAACAUGUGGGAACGCACAGUGAAGAGAGACCCUAUGAAUGUAAGCAGUGUGGGAAGGCUUUCAGACAUCCUCGAUAUUUUCAAAGACAUGUGAGAAUGCACACUGGAGUGAAACCCUAUGAGUGUAAGGAGUGUGGGAAAGCCUAUAGUAGUUCCACAUCACUUCAGGAACACGUGAGGACACACACGGGGGAGAGGCCCUUUGAGUGUCAGCAGUGUGGGAAAGCCUUCACUCGUCACUCCUCCCUUCAAGGACACGUGAGAGCACACAGUUUGGAGAAACGUUAUGAAUGUACACAGUGUGGGAAAGCCUUCCGUUGGUCCUCAUCCUUACAAAAACAUGUGAGAACGCACAGUGAGGAGAAACCCUAUGAAUGUCAGCAGUGUGGCAAGGCCUUCUGGUAUCCAGCCAAUCUGAGAGCACAUGUGAAGACGCACACUGAGGACAGACCCUAUGAAUGUCCGCACUGUGGAAAAGCCUUCAGUUGUCACUCCUCCCUUCAAGUACAUGUGAGAAAACACAAUGGGGUGAAACCAUAUGAAUGUAAGGAGUGUGGGAAAGCCUUCUGGUAUCCUGUAAACCUGCGAGCCCACGUGAGGACUCACACUGGGGAGAGACCCUAUGAAUGUCAGCAGUGUGGAAAAGCCUACAGGUGUCCUGCAAACCUGCGGGUACAUGUGAGGACUCACACUGGGGAGCGACCCUAUGAAUGUCAGCAAUGUGGGAAGGCCUUCAGGUAUCCUGCAAACCUGCGAGCACAUGUGAGGACUCACACUGGGGAGAGACCCUAUGAAUGUCAGCAGUGUGGAAAGGCCUUCCGGUAUCCCACAAACCUGCGAGCACACGUGAGGACUCACACUGGGGAGAAACUCUGAAUAUGAGGACAGUGGGAAAGCCUUCAUUCUUCCUUAAAAUCUGUAAAUCCAAUCAGACACACUGGCAGGAAACCUUAUGAAUGUAAACAAUGUUGGAAAACCUUCAGAUAUAGCACCUCAAUUAUUUUGUAUAUAAAAACUCAGGGCUGGACAGCAAUCUGUAUUUGUUAUAAAUAUGGUUGUGCCUUAUAAGUGCCUCGUCCAUAACAAGGAUCUCUACUGUAUUUAUUUCCACUGCAUGUUUCUGAUGAGAACACUGAGAUAAAAUAUUCCCUUCCUGCCUUUUGUAUGAAAUAUAUUUUGUUAUCUCACACAUGAAAAAAAAAAUCUAUGAUUCUGUAAAACUUGUCUCUUUUCUAUUACAAUGUCUUUUGGACCCAGGAGUGAUAAGUGAUUUGUAUACAUAUCUUGUCUUCUGUUGUGGAUACUGGAAUUUCCGACUCCAUAUCUACCUUUCAUUUCAAUCUUUAUUAUUGAAAGAUGUAUCUUCACAUUUGCUCAUCGCUGCUGUAUAUCACACCUGUGUUCCUUACAGAAAUUAGUAAAUGUGCAGGAUGUUGUAAGAGGACAGUCUAUUCUAAUUAUGUUCAUAUUUUGAUUUCUGCUGAUCACCCUUCACCUUGGUUGUUCAUCAGUCAGGAUGAGUUAAGAAGAGAAACCAUGUGGCGUGAAGAUGAAAGCUAGCAUCUGGUUGGUUCUCCUGGAUUUCAUUGUGAGCAUGGUGAGGCAGGAGACCCUAUGUUGCAGAGUCGUCCUCUGUGUGGUUCUGAGAUGAAGGCCCUGAGGAGAGAAACCUCGUGAAAGAGCCAUGAUUUUCCAUUCUUCUAUGCCAGCAGGAGACAGAACUGCAUGGGGACCCAAAUGGGCCUGGGUCAUGGCAUGUUUUCCUGACUUCUGGUCUGUCAUCUGGAACAGCCAUCAACCUAACAUAUGUUCGAUGUUUCUGUUAGGUAGCGUAUUCCAGAGACUUCUCCAUGAGCUCUCCUGGGAUGGACUGUCUUGGUUAUCAGGCCCACACAGAUCCUUAUGUUGCCUUGUGGCUCUUCAUGUCCACGAGGCCACCUCUUCAGCCUGUUAGGUGUAGGGAUCCCUCUCAUCCUGGCACCCCUUCAUCUCCCAUGCUUUUCCUAAUACAUGGUUUCUGUGGUAAACAUCUUGUCCCUCUCAGGAUAGAUCUGUGUCCUGCCACCCUGCUGACAGAUUUAAUGCUGCACCCACAGAUACAGGAAACCUCCUUCCCUCUUUGCACUGUAGAGAGGCUGCACUGACCCCAUAUUUCUUCCUUUUGGAUGUUUCCAUGAUUGGAAUAAGCACUUGUGAGUGUAUUUGGCAGCUUGUGGGAACUUUCCCGUAUGGCUGACUAGCUGACUUCUAUGUAAGAGAUAAGCUCUGUAUGCUUCGUUUUUUUCUGUUGUUACAUGUGGUUUCUCAGUGUUUAAUUUUUUCAUUCCUAAUAUGUGAUUCAAAACAGUGGGAUUUUUUUGGUGUGUGUGUGUGAGAUGUAAUCCUCCAUAUUACUUCUUAGAAAGCCUAUUACCUGGGUUUUCAAAUCUGUUACAUCCUUCUAAGGGCCAUCUCUUAUGAUUCGUUACCUGAGAAGGUAUGUUAAAAUGUUAUGCAAGUGGAGUAAUUAAUUUUUGUAAUUGUAUUAUUUUUUCCAUAUAUAUUCUGAAUAGUACUAAAUGCUGUUAAUCUUAAAAAUAUGGCUGAUGGUUCCUUUACCAGGAAAAACCAGGGUUUAUCUGUUAAUAGCAGUGAAUUACAAUUUAGUACAGAAAUGCUACAAUAAAAAUAGCAGCAUGUCUCGAGGA